AUGUCCGUUAGACUUCCAUCAUCCAUGUCAUAUGGAGAAGAAGAAGAACCAGAUGUUCUUCAAAAAAUGUGGGAGAAAUCUAAACAACAACCAUUUGUACCUUUGGGAUCUUUAUUAACUGCUGGAGCAGUAUUAUUAGCAGCCAGAUCUAUGAAACGAGGAGAAAAGUUGAAAACACAAAGAUAUUUCCGUUAUCGUAUAGGAUUUCAAUUGGCUACUUUAGUGGCAUUAGUUGGUGGUGGGUUUUAUUAUGGUACUGAAACAUCAGAACAUAAACAAAUUAGAGAAGACAAAUUAAGAGAAAAGGCUAAGCAAAGAGAAAAAUUAUGGAUUGAAGAAUUGGAAAGAAGAGAUUCCAUCAUACAGGCAAGAAAACAAAGAUUAGAAGAAAGUAAGAAAGAAUUACGUGAAUUAGCCAAACAAGGUUUCAUUGAGGAGAAAGAAUCCAAUGACGAAAAAGAGGAUUAA